AGAGAGAGGGAGAGAGGGAAGAAGUGAAGGAGAGAGAGACUCAAGAGAUACAUUGGAGGACCGCGCGCUGGAGAAGAAAGGUGCGCACGCGACAUGUCUCAAGGAUUCAGGUGGGUGCAAAUAUGCCGCGGGUGUCCUCCUCACGGAUCGCAGUCGCUGGGAUGAACUGAAUCCGGAUUUAUCGGCGGACAGCGGAUAGUAUGCCUGCACAGCUGGAACGGCUCACGCGACGUGGCACAGUAUGGCACGCGUAAACAUGGGUCUCUUCGCUCUCCUGUGUCUCCCCACGUUCCUCUUCCACGUCCUCGUGCUCUCCCACAGCGGCGGCAUCUAUGAGCGCGCGGCGGUCCCCCGCGCCGUGGUCCGCUCCGUGGCUCGCAUGGACGGAGACGUGAUCAUCGGCGCGCUCUUCUCCGUCCACCACCAGCCGUCGGCGGAGAAAGUCGCCGAGCGCAAGUGUGGGGACGUCCGCGAGCAGUAUGGCAUCCAAAGGGUGGAGGCCAUGUUCCACACGUUGGACCGGAUCAACGCAGACCCGAACCUGCUUCCGAAUAUCAGUCUUGGCUGCGAGAUCCGAGACUCCUGCUGGCACUCCUCUGUGGCCCUGGAGCAGAGCAUCGAGUUCAUACGGGACUCCCUGAUCUCCAUCCGGGACGACAAGGACGGAUCCAAAUGGUGCAUUGACGGCACUCCGUCCCACCAGCCUCCACCCUCCAAGAAGCCCAUCGCAGGAGUGAUCGGACCGGGGUCCAGUUCCGUGGCCAUUCAGGUGCAGAACCUCCUGCAGCUCUUCAAUAUCCCGCAGAUCGCCUACUCUGCCACCAGCAUCGACCUGAGUGACAAAACGCUGUUCAAGUACUUCCUGAGGGUCGUACCCUCGGACACCCUCCAGGCACGGGCCAUUCUGGACAUUGUCAAGCGAUACAACUGGACCUACGUGUCUGCCGUGCACACCGAGGGAAACUACGGAGAAAGUGGCAUGGAGGCCUUCAAGGAGCUGGCCUCCCUGGAAGGUCUGUGCAUUGCCCACUCGGACAAGAUCUACAGCAACGCGGGCGAGAAGCACUUUGAUCGCCUUCUGAGGAAACUACGGGAACGUCUACCCAAGGCGCGCGUAGUUGUGUGUUUCUGCGAAGGCAUGACUGUCCGAGGUCUCCUGAUGGCCAUGAGGAGACUGGGGGUGUUUGGGGAAUUCCUCCUCAUCGGCAGCGAUGGAUGGGCCGACCGGUACGAGGUUGUGGAGGGAUACGAGCAGGAAGCAGAGGGGGGAAUCACCAUGAAGCUGCAAUCUGAGGUGGUCAAGACCUUUGAUGAUUACUAUCUGAAGCUGCGUCUGGACAGCAACACCAGAAACCCCUGGUUCUCCGAGUUCUGGCAGUACCGUUUCCAGUGCCGCCUUGCAGGCCACCCUCAGGAGAACAAGAGCUACAAGAAGGUCUGCUCCGGGGAUCACGGCAACGAGAGUCUGCAUGAGAACUAUGUUCAGGAUAGUAAAAUGGGAUUCGUCAUCAACGCCAUCUACGCCAUGGCUCACGGCCUCCACGACAUGCACAACGAGUUGUGUCCAGGCCAGCCGGGGCUCUGUGAGGCUAUGGACCCUAUCGACGGCAGCAAGCUGCUGGACUAUCUGCUGAAAACAUCCUUCAGAGGAGUCUCGGGAGAGGAGAUAUAUUUUGAUCAGAACGGAGACACGCCAGGAAGAUACGACAUCAUGAAUCUACAGGGUUUGGGGGACGAUCGCUACGAUUACCUAAACGUUGGCUCCUGGCACGAGGGCAUCUUAAGCAUCGAUGACUACAAGCUGUGGCUGAACAGCAGUGACAUGGUGCGCUCGGUCUGCAGUGAGCCCUGCUCCAAGGGACAGAUCAAGGUUAUUAGGAAGGGAGAGGUGAGCUGCUGCUGGAUCUGCACCACAUGCAAGGACAAUGAGUAUGUCCAGGAUGAGUUCACCUGCAAGGCAUGCGAUCUGGGAUGGUGGCCUGACGAUUACCUGGAAGGCUGCCAGCCGCUGCCGCUGAAGUACCUCGACUGGUCCGAUGUGGAAUCCAUGGUGGCAGUGGCUUUCUCCUGCGUGGGCAUCCUCAUCACCUCCUUUGUCACCUUUGUGUUCAUCCAGUACCGUGAUACGCCCGUGGUAAAGUCCUCCAGCAAAGAACUCUGCUAUAUCAUCUUGGCGGGCAUCUUCAUGGGCUACAUCUGUCCGUUCACCUUAAUCGCCCGUCCCACGGUAGCCUCCUGCUACUUGCAGAGGCUGCUGGUUGGCCUUUCAUCUUCCAUGUGCUACUCCGCCCUGGUGACCAAAACCAACCGCAUCGCCCGCAUCCUGGCAGGCAGCAAGAAGAAGAUCUGCACCAAGAAGCCCCGCUUCAUGAGCGCUUGGGCCCAGGUGGUCAUCGCCUCCAUGCUGAUCAGUUUGCAGCUGACCGUGGAGAUCACGCUCAUCAUUCUGGAGCCCCCCGAACCCGUCAAGUCUUACCCGAGCAUAAGCGAGGUCUACCUCAUCUGCAAUACUAGCAACGUGGGCAUGGUGGCGCCGCUCGGGUACAACGGCCUGCUGAUCAUGAGCUGCACCUACUACGCCUUCAAGACGAGGAACGUCCCAGCCAACUUCAACGAGGCCAAAUACAUUGCCUUUACAAUGUACACUACCUGCAUUAUCUGGUUGGCCUUUGUGCCCAUCUAUUUUGGCUCAAACUACAAGAUCAUAACCACGUCCUUCUCCGUCAGCCUGAGCGUGACGGUGGCACUCGGGUGCAUGUUCACGCCCAAGAUGUACAUUAUCAUCGCCAAACCAGAGAGGAACGUCAGAAGCGCCUUCACCACAUCUGAUGCGGUGCGAAUGCACGUUGGAGAUGGAAAAUCGGCUCAAUGCGGGACUAACAGCUUCCUCAAUAUAUUCCGCCGGAAGAAGCCUGUGUCUGGCAACGCCAAUUCUAAUGGCAAGUCUGUGUCAUGGUCUGAAUCAGGUGCAAGACACCCUCCGAGGGGGGGGAAUGUGUGGCACAGACUGUCUGUGCAUGUGAGGAAACAGGAAGCCGGCUUGAAUCAGACGGCGGUCAUCAGGCCCCUAACUAACAACCCCGACCCCCACAGUUGCGCGCCUUCCACCUGCGACCCUGGCACAGAACCCCAACCCCCCCGAGAACCGCCUGGCGCUAAGCCUCCGUGCAACCUGGUCGAGGAGGACGACGCGGGAGUUUCCCAGCGCCCCCUCUGGACCCCGACUUGCUCCGGACAGGCGCAAGGGCGGGAGUCUGGUUUAGAUAAGCCCGCUUCGUAUUUGCCCCCUCGCUUGAAGGUGGUGGACACGCACAGCUCCCACAUCCCUGCACGCAAUGAGCCCCUGAGCUUGAAUCCCUCGCAGCUUCCGUUGGGCGCACACGCGGAGGGGUUCGGAGAGGAGGGGUCCGAGGACGAGGAGAUGGACCUCUUGCACAGCUACAUUUACGACGCAAAGGAGGAGGGCGAGGGGGAGGACGGGGAAGGCGAGGAUGUGACUCAGAGCAAGCCGACUCUGGAGGAUUCCCUGGCUCUGUCGCCCCCCUCCCCCUUCAGGGACUCGGCGUGUUCGGGGGAGUCCGCCAGCGACUCCCCCGUCAUGGAGCUGAUGCUCGGGAGCUCCAACACCCUCCUAGACUUCGCACACAGCUCCUCCACACUGUGAGGGCCCAACGGGCGGCGACACAGCCGCCGUUCACACAGACACGUUUCCACUUACGAGUUUGCGCACACAAAUACACGCAGGCGCACGUUGUGCAAAAGUGUUUUGUUAUUGGUUUAUUAAGUUUUCAGUUUGUCAUUCGGCUCGCUGGUGUGAAUUACUCGGCUUUGCAAGUAAGGGGUUAAUCGAUAUUAUAGGUAGAGAAACACGUCCCUGAAGGGCCGUCAGUGACAAAAGCCUUUUUCCUGCUAAAUAUUGUGAGAAUCACAACGUAGGGUGCAGCCUGGGUUUCGACUAAUUUAGUCAGGGAGAGAUGGAAUGGAAAGACGAGCACACUGUCAAGGUGUGUGUAUAUAUACUCUGUGUGCAGCACAAGACGCAGCUCUCUCCUGUGCACACGUACAGCCCGCGUUCGCUUUUUUUCGCCUUUCUCGCUGAUUAAUUCCGCUACAGCUUUUUCGCUCAUCUGACCUCGACGCGAUUCUAAGUACGCCGAGAUUUUAAUUAACACAAAAAACGUGCAGUGAGUUGGUUGACGGUUACUUUUACGUGUUGCGAGUUGUGCAACCAAAUAUUAGUGCUGUAUGAUAAAUGACAUGGAUGUAGUGUGCCAAUCAAAAGCUGCCAUCAACCUACAUUUCUAUUUUUUAGCUGAUACAGGUUUGUGACUGUAGAUGAUGCCGAUGUCGUUUGUUUCGUUUUUCACUCCAUCGUAACUCUGAGGACCAGUUUUAUGAGCGCGGGACUUUGCUCUCCGCCGUGUCGAUAUUUCUCAUGUUUUCUCAAAGUUUUCUGUGUCGUUGUGUCAUGAAAAACACAGUAUUUGUACAAGUUCUCAAAGUUUGUAGUACUGUUAAGCCAUCUCUUGUUUUUCACACAGGUGGUAUGUUUGUAAUACUGAUAAAUGUUUCUAUGAUUAGAAUGUCAACAAAAAAGAAGAAAAAGAGUUUAUACAUGUUGAAGCUGUCCUCAGAUAAGUUGAGCAGUGUGUUUUGGUUUUUAACUUCUAAGGUAACUUGGUUGGUCUGUAUCCUCUUGAAGUAACCAAUGAUCAGUUGCUUCUUGUAAUGAGAUUAUACAUUUCAGUUUUGCUUAAAUCUUGCAUUAUAAAGUUAAGUAGCUCACUUGAGGUUAAGUUUCUUAGUUCUUCAUCUAUAAGAAUGCAAAGUAUUUCAAAGUACGCAGCUAUACAGUACAUGGUGAAAUUGUAUUGUAAUUCCAAAUGGUUUAAGUUUAUUAUAGUGUAAGUUGUUAAAUAAUUUGAUCUAGCGUAAAAUAUAUGAGGGUGCCACCUGUUUAAAACUGUCAAAUCUAGAGUGAAAUAGGCCUUUAUGUUUUGGUCAAGCUGAACAAUGCUGUAAAAUAAAACUAUUUAUAUUAAGAAGACUGA